CUAAAACAUUGUCUGAUACCUCUGAACCUUCUGAAUUUUGUAGUCGGUAGGGCAGUACUCUGCAUAUCGCCAACUUGGACAAUUUUUACAUUUUUAUCAAGCCAAUUAACCUACAAACCUGUACGUUUUUGGAGUGUGGGAGGAAGCCGAAGAUCUCGGAGAAAACCCACGCAGAUCACAGGGAGAACGUACAAACUCCAUACAGACAGCACCCGUAGUCGGGAUCGAACCCGGGUCUCUGGCGCUGCAAUUUUGCUGUAAGGCAGCAACUCUGCCGCUGUGCCACCGUGACUGCAUGUGUGUUUCCGGCAUUUUAAUUGGUUUUGUUUUUAUUUCAGAUUUACGGCACAAGCAGUGUUUUUAAUUUUCAGUUAUGUUUUAUUUUUUCAUCACUGCACUAUCAGAUGGGAUCAGACUGAAAGGGGAUACAAGAGAAACAGAGAGAGAGGUGUAUGUGUAAAUGCGUGAAGCUUGUCAGAUUAACUUGCUCAGUUGCAGGCAUAAGGAGUCGCAUGGGAAUGUCGUACAACAUCACUGUUUUGGCUCAAAAUGGGACAGGAUUGGGUACAGGAAAGCUGUCAGGAAACCUGAUCAACCAAAGGAAAUACAUUAUUGUUUAAAAAAAUAUUUCCUUUGGAAGCUGAGUGUGCAACCCUGGAACAAUAUGGGUGGCGAGAAGGGAUUUUCUGCCCUUCCAACUAAUAAAUGACUGUUAAAAGUUUGCAAUUUUAAAAAAAGUUACAGAUUAUGUUAUUCUAGACUUUGCUUUAAGAAACCAAUACCAGAUUGCGGGAUUAUUGGCUGUGUGACCAACAUUGGUCAGUGAUGAAUAAGUGAAAUCUACCCAAGACUGGUGAGCCCAUUGAAUUGCUUCCCUCUGUUCAUUUGCAUUGCCAGGCUUUUGCUUGAAUUGAAUAUAUGUUUUAAAAACAGUGAUUUUUCUUUUGACCGUACAUGGUGAACAAAAGGUUUUGUUUUUUAUUUUAAAGUCAAAUACAAAGUCAGGAAUGGAAGACUUAUCUGACAAAGACCGUUUGAAAAUGGAGAUAGAGCAACUCAAGAAAGAACUACCUUUACAGAGGAUGCUGGUAUCCAAGUGUGCAGAGGAACUGAAGGACUACAUUGAAUCACAGUCUGCAGAAGAUCCUUUGGUAAAGGGAAUCCCCGAGGACAGGAAUCCCUUCAAGGAGAAAGGAGGCUGUGUGGUCACAUAACAUGGAAGAGUUAUCAGGAUAUUUCCACAACCUAAUGACCAAAGUGCAAUGAAACCUGCCGAUGCUAAAGCUGGAAGAUUGUCCAAUAGACUUGUUAUCUCUGUUGGCAUGGUAUCGUUAUACGUUAAAUCUAAGCAAAAGAUACAAAGUGGAUUGGGCAUUGAAGGCGAAGGAUAUCUGUGGGAAGGGGAGGGAAUAGGAUCAGUAGAACUAAAAGGAGUAUGGGAAUAGGAAGGGUCUGUUCCUGUACUAUACUUCUCUAUCACAGACAGGGAGGGAUCUUGGUGCAAUGCGUUGGGAGGAUCAUAGGGCGUGGCAAAGGGUGGGUUGAGGGUGGUUGAGGGUAUUUAUGGAGAAUUGCAGGCAAAAGGAACCAUGGGUAGAGGGAGCAUUGUGGGAGAGGAUCAGAAAUUGGUGAGGGAAAAGAAAUGUGCAGCUUGGCUGAGAUCCCAUUAUUGUGAUGAUCAUGGUGGGAUUUGAUUUUUGGGGGGGGUGAUCAACUGUUGGGGUGGGUGAAUGGGGCAUCCCACUUUGUCUCUCUUUAGUUUUAGUUUUAGUUUAGCUUAGAGAUCAGCACGGAAACAGGCCCUUUGUCACACCGAGUCCACGCCGACCAGUGUUUCCCGCACAAUAACACUACCCUACACACACUAGGGACAAUUUUACACUUAUACCAAGCCAACUAACCUACAAACCUUGCACGUCUUUGGAGUGUUGGAGGAAACUAAAGAUCUCGGAGAAACCCCCCACGGUCAUGGGGAGAACGCACAAACUGCGUACAGACGGCACCCAUAGUCAUGAUCGAACCCAGGUCUCCGGUGCCGCAAUCGCUGUAAGGCAGCAACUCUAUCGCUGCGCCACCCAUAGCAUCUCUUCUUUCUUCCCUCUGUCUAGAAUGCCUGGGUUUAUAGGGAGCAGGCUGAUGGCCAAACCAAUAUCAGCUAAUUGCUCCCAGCGGUUACCAAUGACACCGGGGAUUGCCGUCUCCUGGCCUGUCUGCCAGUGAUAGGGAUCAGAGCAGCAUCCAAGGAAGGGGGAGCUCUCAUACCUGCAUAUUUGGAAAUUUUCCACCAGAUGAUGGCCCAGAAGUAAAAUAGCACCUUUAUUAACCAAUAAUCCCCCUUAACCAAUAGGUUUCCCCUGCUACUUCAACUCUUUUCUUUCGGCAUCCAUAGGACCUGAACACCUUAUAGAGUCAGAGCGCCAUACAGCAUGGAAAUUGGCCCAUUGGCCCAACAAGCCCAUGCCGACCAAGAUGCCUCAUCUACACUAGUCCAACCUGCCUGCUUUGGCUUGUAUACCUCUAUAUCCAUGUACCUGUCCAAAUGUCUUUUAAAUAUUGUCAUAUUAUCUGCCUCAACUAGCAGUCUGAAGAAGGGUCUUGACCAGAAACAUCACCCAUUCCUUCUCUCCAGAUAUGGUGCCUGUCCUGCUGAGCUUUUUGUGUCUGCCUCUUUUGCAGCUCGUUCCAAAUGCCCACCUCCUUCUGUGUGGGAAAAAACGUGCACCCCAGGGGAAACCAAAGUCCUCUAAUUCUUGAUUCCCCUAAACUGGGUACUCAUAAACUGUGCAUUCACCGUCAAUUACCAUCAUGGUUUUAUACAAUAUUUAUAUGCAAGACAGUACCCAGUUCUAUCCUAUUCUGUUCCAGGUCUCAGCUUUGCCAUAACAUUAUAAGCCAUGCAAUUUCCUAUUACCAUCCUGAUUUCCCAUGCUUCAUGUAUUUACACGCAUAGAUUCUCUUCAAUCUUGGUGUACUCUCUUUUAUCUGAUCCCAUGCAAUACUCUUCAUAAUCUUAAUCUCAUGAUAUUUAUCAUAGCCAUGCCUGUGGCCCCCAUUGAGGCCAUUCUGUCCCUGGGAAGGUCAAUGUAGCACAGACAAUUUUACAUGAAUACGAUUCAUCCUGAUACCUUUGCAAUUGGAGCAGUUGUUGCUUGGCGAAGGUUUAAAUUAAUGUUUUUUUUUUUAAAAGGCAACCAUGAUAAAACAAUGGGAUUGGAACUAUAUAGAAAGAGAAAACACAAGUUAUGAGUAAAGAUUUCACAAGGAGAAGCAAGUAAAAUUGCUGAACAGAAUGCAGAUUUUGAUAUUUGUAUAUAAACUCAUAAAGAUUAUUUUUAAGUAAGAAAUUUAUUUUGUAAUGGAAGAAGCAAUAUAAAUACAGCGAGAGAGUUGAAAGCAAAAUGCUACAGAUUCUGGAAAUCUGCAGUAAAAUAAACUGUUGGACAUUAAUGAUUCACAAGGGUGGCUAUAAACUGGAUUGGCAGGGGAGGGGGGACAGGAUUCAAAGCAGGACUGAGGCAGAUGAAGGCUGGAAGACAGGACGGAAGUUGAUGGAAGAAGGUUCAGUGGACAGAAUAGGCAGAAGCAUGGCAGGGAGCGAGGUAGGACAAGUGGAUUAAAUUGCAUUUAUUUUAAUAUGAGAGGCCUCACAGUCAAGGUGGAUGAGUUCAUGGUGUGGAGAGGGCUAGCAGGUUAAUGUUUCAGGGGACAGGUAACACAGGAGAGACAGCAGUGGGGAUAAAAGAGGUUGGGGAUGUUGCUUUAUUGAUUAAGGAGAAGGCAUGGGAGAAAUUUGAGGAUGUUACAAAUGGUUCCUUUAGUAAGGCAGUAUGGGUGGUGUUGAGAAAUAAAAAGGAGAUGAGCAAUGGGAAUUAGACAAGCAAAUAUGCCAGCAGACUGCAGGCAGCUGCAAGACUAAUAGGGUUGUCAUAGUAGGGAGUUUAACUCUUUCAAUAUAGACUGGGACUGUCAUAGUGUCAACAGCUUAGAUGUUGUGGAAUUUGUGGAAUUUAUCAAAUGUGUUCAGGAAAGCUGGGAAGGGUAAGUGACUGAAGAGUUUUUUUGUGAGCCUUUUGGAACCAGCGACUGCUGUUUUAUUAGCCUUAAAAUAGUUAAGAGUAAAGACAGGGCAGCCGCACAAAUUAAAAUUCUGACGGGGUAAGGACAAUUUUGAUGGUAUUAGACAGGAACUUGUUCAGGAUGAUUGGAGUAGGUUGUUUAUGGGCAAAGGAACGUGGGAUUCUUUUAAAAUUGUGAUGACAAAAGUUCAAGGCAUAUGUGUUUCAGUGUGAGUGAAGGGCAAGGCAGAUGGGUGGAUGGAAGCUUGGAUGACGAGAGAAAUCGAGGCUUUGGUCAGAGAAUGAAGGAGGUAUGGGGUAGGUAUAGGCAGCUGAGAACAAGUGUAUCCCUGGCAGUGUUUCGGGAACUGAGGAGUCAAUUUAAGAAGGAAAUCAGGAGGGCAAAAAGGGGGCAGAAGAUAGCUCUGGCAGAUAAUAUUAAGGAAAAUCCAAAGAGAUUGUAUAUACAUUAAGAGAAAGAAUGUAACUAGAGGGGGAAUAGGGCCCAUCAGAAACCAAAGCAGCCAACUCUGUGUGGAGCUGCAGGAGAUGGGCAAGGUCCUCAAUGAGUAUUUCUCCUCUGUUUUUACCAUGAAGACAGAUAUGAAGCAGGGCAAUUUGGGGCAAUCAAUGGAGAUGUUUUAAAGACAGUCUGUAUUAUGGUCAAAGUGAUGCUGAACAUCCUAAAGCAUAUGAAGGUAGAUAAAUCUCCCGGGCUUGUUCAGAUAUAUCCAAGGAAGCUAGAGAUGAAAUUGCGAGAGCCCUGACUGAGAUAUAUGAAUCAUUGCAUGAGGCACCAGAAGACUGGAGUGUGGCUAGUAUUGUGCCUCUUUUAUGAAGGACUGCAAGGAAAGGCCUGGCAACAAUAGACAGGUGAGCCUAAAAUCUGAGGUAGUCAAAUUGCUGGAGAGUACUCUGAGGGAUAAGGUAUAUAUGUAUUUGGAUAGACAGGGGAUGACUAGGGAUAGUCAGCAUAGUUUUGUACAUGGGGGAUCGUGUGUUACGAAUCUGAUUGAUUUGCUUGAAGAUAUCAAUAAACUCAGUGCUCCAGGCCCACAACAAAAGGGAGAACAUUGAUGUGCCCUCUAGGGGGCCCAUAGCCAAACUGUAUUCUCAGUCACUGAGGUUGAGGUCAGAAGAAAUGUGUAAGAAGGAACUGCAGAUGCUGGUUUAAACCAAAGAUAGACACAAAAAGCUGGAGGAACUCAGCAGUCAGAAGGUCUUUAAUGAGGGUGUAUUCGGUGACAAUGGUGUGUCUGGGCAAGUUCUUGAAAAUUGCAUGGAUCACUGGCUGUAGAUUUUGUGGGAAUCUCUAACCUCAUUAUUAAGGACCAAGGUUCCCACCUGCUUUAAAAGGACAUCGAUAUUACUGGUGUCCAAGCAGAAUAAGUUGAUGUGCCUUGAUAACUACCAACUGGUAGCAUUAACAUUCAUGGUGUGAAGUGUUUUGAGAGGUUGAUUGUGAUGCAUCCCCUUCUGACUUCUGAGUUCCUCCAGCUUUUUGUGUCUAUCUUUGGUUUAAACCAGCAUCUGCAGUUCCUUCUUACACAUUUCUUCUGACCUCAACUUCUUAGUAAGGACCCAGAUCCACUUCAGUUUGCUAACCAUUUACAGAUUAACAGGGGAUAUGAUUUCACUGGCUCUCCACUCUGCACUGGACUAUUUGGACAAUAAGAAGAUUCCACAACAUCCUCCCGUCCAAAUUCAUCAUCAAAGUUAGAAAACUGAGUCUUUGCUCAUCCCCAUGUAAUUGGAUCCUCAACCUCCUCAUCGACAUCAGUACGAAUUGACAACAACACUUCCUUCUCAAUAAUCAUCAACCCAGUAGCACCACAAAGCUCAGUGCACUGUCCUCUGUUCUACUCUCGUUGACCAGAAUUACUGGUAAUGAUAAAUCUGAGUACAGGAGGGAGAUUGAAAUUCUGAUUAAAUGGUGCCAGAACAACACUAUUGCUGUUAGCAUUAGACAAAGGACAACGGACAUUUAUUGUCACAUACACCAAUUGGUUUAGUGAAAUUUGAGUUGCCAUUGCAGCACACAAUUAAACCAUGGGUCUGACGAAUUCAGGAGGGGAAAGCUGGGGAUCAGCAAACCAGUCUUCAUGGACAGGUUGGCAAUGGAGGGAGCCAACAGCUUCAAGUUCACGCAUAUGCAUAUCUCUGAAAGCCUGUCCUGGGUCCAGCAUAUUGAUGCAAUCACACAGAAAGAUCAUCAAUAUCUCUACUUCCUUCGAAGAUUGAGGAGGAUUGGUAUGUUGCCAAAUACUCCAUUGAACCUCUACAGGUGUACAGCAGAGAGAAUACUGGUUGCAUCACAGCCUGAAUACUCACAUGUUCAGGAAGGAAGGAAAGUACAGUGAGUGGUAGACAUUUCCCAGUCCAUCACAGCAACUGAUCUCCCACCAUCAAAGGGAACUAUAUGAGGUCUCACCUCAAAAGGGCAGUCAGUUUCAUCAACGGCCCUGGGCAUUCUCUCACUUUUCUCCUACCAUCACAAAGAAGAUACAAAAACCUGGAAACUGUGACCACCAAGAUCAAAGAACACCUUUUCCCCAGCAGCUAUCAUAGUCUUAAACACGAUACAACACUAACCUUAAUAAUUAUGAUCCUGUGGAAUGUGCCUUAAUUUGCACCAGGGACUUCAGUUUUACGCUAUUAUGGAUACUAGUAUUAUGCUAUUAUUUAUUUUAUUAUUAAUUAUUAUGCAAGUAUAAGUUUGUUGUUGUGUUUGCAGACCUAUUAAGCUGCAGCAAGUAAGAAUAUCACUGUUCUGUUGUUGGCAUAUAUAUCAAUUAAAUAAUUUACCCUUGACCUGAGAAGUUAACUCUGCCUUGUGCUCCACUGCAUUUAUCUAUUCUGCUGUGUAUUCCCAGCAUUUUCCAUUCAGUUACCAAUAACAUACUUGUGGCCAACGCUAACAGUGGAAUAUGAGCUAAACUGAUUACAAAACAUUAAGAACAGAUAGUGUAUGAAAUAUGGGAGAUACAGGAAACUAGGGUUGCUGAAAUGUUCAGCAAAAAGCUAAGCACUAAAGGAAGUUAAGGGUUAGGUGGCAUCUGUGGAGGGAAUGGACAAACAAUGUUUAGUUCAAUACCCUGUUCCUCCAAUUUGCACUGGGCCUCACUCUGACAGUGGAGGAGGCCAGGACAGAAAGGUCAGUGUGGGAAUGGGAGGGGGAGUUAAAGUGUUUGGCAACUGGGAGAUCAAGUAAAUUUAAGCGGACUGAGCAGAGGUGUUCAGCCUAAACUAUUGCCGAGCCUGUGCUUGGUGUCGCCAGUAUACAGGAGACCACACCUGGAACAGCGGAUACAGUAGUUGAGGUUGGAGGAGGUGCAAGUGAACCUCUGCCUCACAUGAAAAGAUGUUGGGGUCCUUGGAUGGA